CAUUUACCAAAGCAUCAAUAUCCCUUCAUAACUUCCCAUAUAUCAUAUAUUCCUCUCUUUAAGUAUUAUACUAGCUAAAUUUGUUGAGUGUUUCUAAAAUUAAAAGCUUCAAGAGCUCAGAUCUCACAAAAGCUUACAUACUCUCAUAAUGAAGCAAGUUGUGUUGAAAGUGAGCUUUCAUGAUGAGAGAACCAGGAAGAAGAUUAUGAAGACAGUUUCUGGCAAUUCAGGGGUUGAUUCUAUCUCCAUGGAUUCUAAAGACAUGAAAUUGACAGUAACAGGGGAUGUAGAUCCAGUAAGUUUGGUAAGCAAAUUGAGAAAGCAUUGUAAUGCUGAUAUUCUAUCAGUGGGACCACCUAAAGCACCAGAGAAAAAGAAAGAAGAACCCAAAAAAGAAGAGCCUAAAAAACAAGAACCAAAGAAAGAUGAUUUGGCUGAGUUUCAGAAGUUAUGGAUUGCUCAUCAGAAUGCUCAAAUGGUUCCACUUCAGCAUUAUUAUGUCAGAAGUGUAGACGAAGAUCCCAAUGCUUGUGUUAUCUGCUGAGUUUUGUAGAUUUAAUAUUUUUUAUUCAUUUUAAAAAAGAAGAGGCAUUUUGAUUUUUACUAGCUGUUGUGAUCUUUCAAUUCGGUACUCAUCUAUUUGUUCCAUAACAACAUCAAUCUCUAUUAUGCUCGCCUUGUCGAACCGGCACAACAACUAGCAUAAGCGGUGCUUGAUGAUGUACUGAAAAGGUUUUCUGUGUUAGAAAGGCCUUGGGUCAAGGGUGUAUGGAAGAGCAUUGUUAGAGCAUCUGGGUUGUAGACUCGAGUGGCCUUGACACAUAUUGUUAAAGAGUCCCACGUUGCUAAUGUGUGGAAAGAUAAUAAAAUAUAUAAGAUGAAUGAGCUACUCAUCCCAUUCAUAAUUGGUUUUGA